UGGUGCGGGAAUAGUGGCCGCGGGCAGCACCCGUAGGUGCAGCCUCCUGCUGCCUGCCUGAGGAAGGAGCGGAGGAGUGGGGGUGAAGCUGCAGGGUGCAGCCGGGGCGCGGCUGAGCAUGUCACAAGUGCCCAGAGGGAAGUGAGUCACUCACCUGGGAGCCGGCACGACCGCCCUCCUUCCCGUCAGAGCCUCUUCCUAGGCAGGAGCACACGCACAGCUCGGCCCUGCUGGUGUCUCCACUUGCAGCACAGACCCGGCCUCCUUCCCCACGCUCCUUCUGUGUCUGGAAAACUCGAUAUGGGCUGGCUCGACAUCCCCCAUGGAUCUCUGAGCCGUGGCGUCUCAGACAGGGCCAAGGGCUUCUGAGACAUCUUCAUCCUCCCAGCGUGGGUGUGGGAAGACGCUCCCUGUUCCGAAUGCACAGCAAGCAGGGAUGAGGUGCACCGUGACAGCAUGAGUCAGGCAGGGUGCCUUUGGGGCUGUGGGGAAGGGGACUGCUCUCACCCAGGUCCCAUUCCACCCCUGAGUGACAACGACCCUGGCUUCACUUGGGUGCUGUGAAGCAAGGUGAGGAGCCCUGCCUGACCUUACCCCUGCGAGGAAGAGGAGGCAGUGCUUGGAGCCUCUCAGGGAGACCAGGCCCCUCAUCCCACUCGUGCACAGCCCCUGCCCAGGCUGGGCAGGCAUAUGGGGCAGAAGACCAGCAGCUGUGGCAGGAGGUGUCUCUCUGCAGCUGGGAGCAGCAGGAGCGCUGUCCCAGCUGUGGCAGCCCAGGCAGGACAUGGCUUUUGCCUCCAGCAGAGCUGUGACAGCCUGGGGCUGUGGCACACAAAUCAUGGUGGUCCGUGAACUCACCCCUCCGCCCAAUGCAGCAGGGCUUGGGAACCACAAACAGCUGGCUGCUGCCUCCACCCACUGCAGGUGAGGCUGUCCAGCUCCCAGCAGUGACAUUCUCUGCCAGUCUGGACAAUCCCUGUGGCACAGCCAGCAGCAGGAGCCGUGCCCUGCCUUGACAGCUGUCAGAGGUACCCAAGGAGUGCUGCUGCCACUGUCCCAGGAGUGGCUUCUGGCUGAUGGCAUGUGACUCUGCAGUCAUGCUACAGUUGCUUCCAUUCUGGUGCCUGGUUCUUAACAGCUGCCAGUGUGGAGACUGUCCAGCCCCAGGGCAGGGAAAAUCACAUCUGGGAGACAACCGAACAUCCUCAGUGAAACCCCUACCGCUACUAAGGCUGAAGACGGACCUAUGGUGCUGAAUUUUUUCAACUCUGGUAAGAAGAAAAGCUGCAGCACGAAACUGCUUCAGACGUGACCACUCAACGCCAGGAUGUCUGGAAAGGGCAAAGGAGGUGCAGAAGGCAGUGCUGAUUCCUACGUUUCAUGCCACAUAGACUCUGAGUUUCGCUACAACCUCUUCACUGUUUUCUACAGCAUUAUUUUCAUUCUGGGCUUUGUUGCCAACUGCUAUGUUCUCUGGAUUUUCAGCCGUAUUUACCCCACUAAGAAACUCAAUGAAAUCAAGAUAUUCAUGGUGAACCUGACAGUAGCUGACUUGCUCUUCUUGGUUACGAUGCCAAUGUGGAUAGUUUACUACCACCACCAUGGAGACUGGAUCAUGCCUGAGUUCCUCUGUAAUGUGGCUGGCUGGUUUUUUUUUGUCAAUACCUACUCUUCUGUUGCCUUUCUGAUGGUCAUCACAUACAACCGUUACCAAGCUGUGACUAAUCCUAUUAAAGCUGCUCAGCUGACCACCCAGAGAAGAGGUAUCUACCUGUCAGCAGCUAUCUGGAUCAUAAUAGUGGGCAGCUCUUUGUAUUACCUUUUUGACAAUAAUACUAAUCAGGAGGAGGUCGACUCCCGGAAUUUCACGCGGUGCUUUGAGCGCUAUGACUCCUCGAGUGGUGUUUCAGCUGUUCUCGCCAUUCAUGUCAUCAUCUGCAUCCUCUUCUAUAUCAUUUUCCUUUUAAUACUAGGUUGGAACAUUGUCAUUAUCAGGACCCUGUUCUCCAAGACAGUGCAUCCACGGAGGAGCGCUCACGUCAAGCAAAGGGCCCUGUGGAUGGUGUGCACAGUGCUGGCUGUGUUCAUCAUAAGCUUUGUGCCCCAUCACAUCGUGCACCUGCCCUGGACUCUGACUGUUCUGGAGCAGUGGAAGAAGGAAAACUGUCAGCUGCGCCAACAGCUCAACGAUGCUCACCAGGUGACUUUGUGCCUCUUGAGCACGAAUUGUGUGUUGGACCCGAUCAUCUACUGCUUCCUCACCAAGAAGUUCCAGAAGCAUGUUUCAGAAAACCUGAAAAGCAUGAAAGGGAGUCGCAAAUGCUCCAGGCAAACAACAGACACGAUGGUUGAGGGCACCAUUCACCAAGAAGAUGCCAUUAGGAUCUCUUAGGGCCACUCGGUGUGUUCUGACUGCACAUGGAGAAGUGUGAAUUACUCACUCAUCUUUUCUCAAGAAGAGGCACCAAGGGACACAACAGAGGACCAGGAUUUUACAUUUUCUUUUUCCCUUUAGACAGAAGAAUGGACACUCAUUUCUUCUGUCACAUGGAACCUGCAGUAAUCUGGCACCAAAGCUCCUUCUGUCUGGGCCGGUGUACUCAUGGGCACUGAGAACAGCUCAGAUGACCUACUUUAACGUGAAAGAAGUGUGUCACUGAGCCUCUGCAGUGAGCACCUAGAAGCUGAGUGUACCAAAAUUGUGUCAGUCCAGAUAGCACCAUCCCUGCUCCUCUGCCUGCCCAGCUCUCACAGUGGAUCCAGUAUCAGAGCUGUAAGGGACUUCUAAAAGACCUGGAAGAACAGACUGAGCUCUGAGCAUCAUCGGGUGGCUCUUCUAAUGAAGAGAGUCUGAGCUGACAAAGCUCUUGAUUGGCUGUAAGGGAUGUAGCCCACGGAAUUCCUCAACUGCUGUCAAAGAGAUCUGCACCUCCGAGCCCUUCAUCCCUCCUUAGCCACUCACGUGGUCUGCUGGGAUCCAAAUUUGAUGGAUGUCUGGGAGUAGCUAUUAUGAGUCUUUGCUUCCAGAUCUUGAGUCAGUAAAGUAGGGAAGGAAAGGAAGAGAAAUUGGCAGUGCCUCAGCACACCUCCCCACCCUCCCUCCACCAGAUCAGCAUUAUGGCCAAAGGGCACCGUGGUCUGCCCUGGCUUCCUGUGUGAGAGCAGAACUGGCCAGGCAGUGGCCUCAUGCACUCAGUUUAGUAAUUUCUGACUGACUGCAUGUGUCUGCAGACACCCAGUCUUGCUCAGGAGGCUCCAGAUAACAGAGGGCUACUUACUGUCAGCACGGCCAUUAUGAUAAGGAAAAAAAAAGCUUAAAAUGAUUCUGCAUCUUUGUACUUAAUUUAUUUAAAUUAGGGUUAUGGCCAUUACAUUAUUCCUUCCUCUGGCCUUUCCAGUUCUGCUGCAAAUAAUUGAAGCUGACUAGUUCUUGAUCUACAGCAAGUGAAGUGUUAGGUCAGGACACAGACAAAUAAUUCACACACUCCAGAAGCACUGGAGGCCCUCGCCCAGGGCCGGAUGCAGGGCAAAGUGUUUUUCCAUGGUGCUGAGUUCUGUUACCAGUCAUGAGACACUUGGGGUUCCUUUUCUGACCCAAAUUGCUCAAUCUAGCACAGGAAAUUGGGCAGGGCAGGGAACUUACUUGUUUUCACAACAGUUGUUGGUUCCCUAAAAGACCCAGUCUGUUGAUGACAGCAAGAGUCUAUCUAACCUGUGACACCAAUUAUUCAUGUGCAGGACAGCAGCAUUCCCACACUUGGGAAUGGGAGAUAAGCUUAAGUCUUUCCAAAGAGAGGAUCAAUAUUUGUACUGCUUUGCCUGUACCCAGUGGAGGUACAGGUCCUUCAGAUGUAUCCUCUGGAGCUCCUCAGGCAGCUUUUGUCCUUAUUUGUGCCAGUGAGGAAAAGGACUGAGAUGUUUAUUUUUCUAAGGCCAUUGCCUUGCACUCCAGGCCCAGUGCCAGAGGAAAGAGCCUGAUCACAAUAAGAAUGCAUCUCCCUCCUAGUCCUGGGCUCUGCUCCAGCAAUGGCCACCCACAACAAACACUUGCCAGUACCUCAUGCUCCUCAGACACGUUCAGAAACGUGCCCUGAAUCUGCAGGGCCACAGCACACAGGAAGGGAGCAACUUCUGUAAUUUAAAAGCCUAAAUCUGGCUUGCUGGAGGAAUCUGCCUCUGUUUCUGCAUUGUUCUGUGGGCACAUUCUGGAUGAGCAGCUCUUGCAGCUGGCAGAGGGGGAGACCUGCUUCCCCCCUUGGCUCCCAGCCAUAAUGGAGCUCUCAUUUCACAGACCCUAAAGCCCUGAUAGAUGGAGUUUGGCAACUCUUGGAGGAAAUGGAAAAGAUUUUUACACGGAAUGAUCUGCUGGUUGUUGGAAAGCUUGCAAGAGUUUGCAGUUUAACUCUUUACCAUAGGUACAUAAACAGCUUUAUUCCACAGGAAGCACUGUGGGCUCAGGGAACAAACAUAAACUCGCAUCUGAGGAAAAGGAUAAGCAGAGGGAAAAGCCCCAAGGCCACUUCAGGAGAUGUUGUGCUAAUUAGUCAGUAAAAAUGCAUUUCUAAAAACCAGGCUAAGCUGCUACUUCUGUUCCUGGAAAUACUUUCGUGUUCCUACCACAAUGUUGCAUUACUCUGCUUUACCUUGCAAUGAAAUGGAUCCUCAAAAGUCCUUUUAAAUAAAACGUGUUCCCCAAGUGUUUUGCCCUUUAACUUUUCCCACCUUCUUAUCUUUCUAUAUUUAUA